AUGGCUGCUUCCAAGAAGCAAACCCAGCGGUUGGAGACCGAAAUUGAGAAACACAGAGCGGAAUGCAACUGGCAGAAAGUAACUGAGAUAGCCAAACAAUUACACAGCAAAGGGUCCACCAGUCUAGAAACGUUAACACACUUAAUACUUGGUGAGAGCCACUUGGAGACAUAUUUAAAAGAACAUCCAUUAAAAGAAAAGAAUCCUGACAUUGCAGGUGCAAAAAAGACCCUUGAGUCUGCCAAGAAACAUUUACAACAUGCAAUGAAAGGAGAAGCCAAGUAUGGUUGGGUACAGGAAGCACGCCUUUUAUUUGGAAAAUUAUAUUACGCACUCAGUGAUUACGAAGAGUGUUUGGGUUACUACGCCAAAGCUGGUUUGGAUGAUCUCACUGUGGAAACCAUGUCAAACAGAAAACUUAGGAUGAUUGCUGAAGCUUUCGCUGUCAAAGGUAUGGCACUAGAGAAGUCUCCCCCAAAGACAACAAGUAAAAUCAAAAUAGCUCAGAUGGAGGAACAAAUAAUCAGCUGUUACGAGAAAUCAGGAGAUAUUGCGCUGUUGUAUUUACAAGAAUGUGAAAAAGGUCGAUCCAGCUCUUUAUCUGCUAGCAGCAGCAGCAGUGCAUUUGCAGCAGCGCCCUCAACGUAUGUUGGACCACUACUGGAGACUGCUAUACAAAGAGCACCAAUUCUCCAUAUUCAAAUGGGUGAUUUGGAGCGUGGUAUUAACAGGUUUCGGUUGGUUUUACGAGCAGUAGAAUCAAGAGCGACGCAAAACAUGAGAAUGACAUUAGCAAGGCAGCUUGCUGAAGUAUUAUUACGCGGGGUUUGUGAUAGCACUUAUUCGCCUCCCCAACCCCCUCUUGGUCCUGAUAAAUCAGGAUCUCUGAGCCGACCUAGUGCGGGUGGUGUUAUCGGGACUGCAAUCAAAGUAGCUGGGAUGAAAAGUGCCAACUUAGCUUUAAGACCAAAGCAGUACAUUGGUGAACAUUUGUUUGUACCCAAAGAAGUCACAGAGGAGACAUUGCUUUUACUUUUAAUCAGUGAAUCCCUGGCAACUAAAGAAGCUAUCUUAAGCCGCUCAGAGGAACAUACUAAAAGUCGGGUGUACACUUUGCAGAAUGCGUGCGCCGUGUAUGAUCUUUUAACGAUAGCAUUGGUCAAACGAGCACAAUAUGAAAUGUUAUCAGAAUCUUUUGACAGGUCAAUGAGAUUUUCAUUUGAGGAAUUUCAUUUAUGGAUGCAGUUUGCUUUAUCUUUGAUCUGUGCUGGCAAAUAUCAGCGAGCAUUGUUAGUAUUGAGAGAAUGUCACAGAAUGGAGCCUAAGAAUGCAUUGGUUGCACUCCAUGCCGCAAAGUUGUGUUUCAAUCACCUGCAACGUAUGGAUGAAGGUAUCGACUGGGCUAAGAAAGUUCUGGAGCUAGGUGAUGAUAGUCCAUAUGCGCAUAAAGGAUACCAGGCGCUUGGUAUUGGAUGUAGUCUCAAAGCCAGUGAAGCACCUUUGCAAGCAGAACGACAGGAAUUACAAAAAAAAGCCCUGGACGCUUUCAUGAGAGCAUACUCAUUGGACGAGAACAACCAUGAACAUCUAUUCUAUAUCGGUUUGCAAUACGCAUUAGUCAGGCAGAUUUCUGAGGCUAUUGGUUUUGUACGUAAAUCAUUAAAGCUGAACGACACUCACCUGGAAUCGCUACAUCUCCUAGCAUUGCUGCUUUCAGCUCAGAAAAAAUACCAGGAAGCCUUGAAAGUCAUAGAAAUAGCAUUAUCAGGUCAUCCAUCAAAUCUAAGUUUGUUAUUUACUAAAGUGAAAUUAGAAGAGUUUGUUUAUGAUUCUGAGGAAGCGUUGAUGACAUGUAAGCGUAUGCUAGAACUCUGGAAAUCAACACAUGAAUCCAUGUUGUCAAAUGAAUCAAGUCGCGGUACUGGCCUACUGGAGAGGGUUACAAGUGACAAGAGAAGCUUGGCACAUAUACAUCUUGUUGAAUUCAGUGAUCGUGAUUCAGCUGCAAAGUAUGUACAAAACCCACCCAAAAGCUCAGUACAUAACUCUAUAGCAGCAUCUCGAGUGGAACAAGCGCUCUCUGAGGUCGCUUCCUCGAUUCACAGCUAUACACCAAGGCAAGGUCCACAACAAGCAUGGUUAUUACAAGUACAGAUAUGGCUUACAAUAGCUGAAAUCUACCUAAGUAUGAAAAAGCCUGAUGAAGCGACUGCAUGCAUACAGGAAGCCAGCAGUAUAUUCCCACUAUCACAUCAUGUCAUGUUUAUGCGGGGACUUGUUCAUGAAUAUAAGCAUGAAUUUCUAGAAGCUAAAAAGUUUUAUUCAGACGCGGUGUCUAUUAAUCCGGGGCAUAUCAAGAGCUUACAACAUUUGGGAGUUAUCUUGCAUGACCUGGGAAACAGUGUGCUAGCAGAAAAAGUACUAAGAAAUGCAGUAAAUAUGGAUCCUACUUCACAUCAUGCAUGGAAUUCUCUGGGUAAAGUCUUGGAAUGCCAGGAUGAAUUUGACUCUGCAAGUCAGUGCUUGCUUACAGCCGUGGAGUUAGAAUCGACCAGUCCAAUUAUCCCUUUUACUGCCAUUCCGAGAUUACUUUGAAUAUUAAUCGAUAUUGUGGUGUCAUGCAUAUUACUGUACAGAAGCAGC